AUGACUGACCAUAACGACGAAGAUUCCGGUACGCCCAUGCGCGCCGUGAUCGGAUACGACAAUGGUAAGUCGCUCAUGGCCAGAGGACCACAAGCCCUGCACGACCACGUCGCCUCCCAUAUGGAGAAGGCGAUGGGUAGAGCGCUUCCGCAGAUGGAGGUGCGUUUUAAGAACGUUUCCAUCACGGCCGACAUCAUGGUCAAGGACGAGUCGAACGCCAAGACAGAACUCCCUACCUUGAUCAAUGUGCUCAAGUCGAGCUACAACGAAAUCCGUUCCAGCAAACAUGUCGUCAAGAAGCAGGUUCUUAAGGAUAUCAACGGUGUCUUCAAGCCCGGUACCAUCACGCUUGUGCUUGGUCAGCCUGGGUCCGGCAAGUCAUCCCUGAUGAAGCUUUUGAGUGCGCGCUUUCCAAGCCAAAAGAACGUCACGGUGGAGGGUGAGGUCACGUACAACGGUAUGACGCUCGAUUCAUUGAGGAACCGUCUCCCUCAAUUCGUAUCCUAUGUGAACCAACGCGACAAGCACUACCCGUCUCUCAGUGUCAAGGAGACGCUCGAGUUUGCGCAUGCCUGUUGUGGUGGCGGCCUCCCAGCUCGUGACGAACAGCACUUCGCCAACGGUACACCCGAGGAGAACAAGGCCGCUCUGGAUGCCGCCAGAGCCAUGUUCAAGCACUACCCGGACAUUGUCAUCCAGCAGCUCGGACUCGACAACUGUCAAAACACCAUCGUUGGUGAUGCCAUGACCCGUGGUGUGUCUGGUGGAGAACGGAAGCGUGUGACGACGGGCGAGAUGGAGUUUGGCAACAAGUACGUGAGUUUGAUGGACGAAAUCAGCACGGGUCUGGACAGUGCCGCCACCUUCGACAUCAUCACCACGCAGUGCAGUAUCGCCAAGAAGCUCCGUAAGACGAUUGCGAUCUCGCUGCUGCAGCCGUCACCCGAGGUGUUCGAUCUGUUCGACGACGUGGUGAUCCUGAACGAAGGGCGAGUGAUGUAUCACGGUCCACGUGCUGAUGCAUUGAAGUACUUCGAGAACCUGGGCUUCAAGUGUCCUCCUCGUCGUGACGUUGCUGACUUCUUGUUAGACUUGGGUACCGACAAGCAGUCACAGUACGAGGUCAGCUCGAUUCCGUCUGGUAGUAUCCCGCGGACAGCCAGUGAGUAUGCGGACGUCUUCACUCGUUCGCAGAUCUACGGACGUAUGAUGGACGACCUCCACGGCCCGAUCCCCUCGAACUUGCUCGAAGAUAACGAAAAGCACAUGGCUGCUGUUCCAGAGUUCCAUCUUGGCUUCGUGGAGAGCACUAAAGACGUCGUUCAGCGUCAAUUAAAGCUCUUGUCACGUGACACUGCCUUCCUGGCUGGUAGAGCAGUCAUGGUCGUCUUGAUGGGUCUUCUGUACGCAAGUACCUUUUACCAGUUCGACGAGACGAACUCUCAACUGGUCAUGGGUAUCAUCUUCAACGCCGUCAUGUUCGUGGCGCUGGGUCAACAAGCUCAGAUCCCGACGUUCAUUGCAGCGCGUGCAGUGUUCUACAAGCAACGUCGCUCCAACUUUUUCCGCACGGCGUCGUUCGUGUUGUCAAACUCGGUUAGUCAGAUCCCCGUUGCUGCCAUUGAGAGUGCUGUGUUCGGUUCGAUCAUCUACUGGAUGUGUGGCUACGUGUCGACUAUCGAAGCUUACCUCGUGUUCGAGUUGAUGUUGUUCGUCACGAACCUGGCGUUCACCGCGUGGUUCUUCUUUCUGUCGUGCGCUUCGCCAGACUUGAACGUCGCGAACCCGUUGUCCAUGGUCUCCGUGCUACUUUUCGUCCUGUUUGCCGGUUUUACGAUCACGAAAGACCAAAUUCCGGACUACUUCAUCUGGUUGUACUGGCUCAACCCCAUGUCCUGGGGUGUCCGUGCGCUUGCUGUGAACCAGUACUCCGACUCGAAGUUCGACGUGUGUGUGUUCGAAGGUGUCGACUACUGCGCCAGCUUCAACAUGACGAUGGGCGAGUACUCAUUGACGACGUUCGAGGUGCCGACCGAGAAGUUCUGGCUCUGGUACGGUAUUGUCUUCAUGGCGGCUGCGUAUGUCCUCUUCAUGUUCAUGUCUUACUUUGCGCUGGAGUACCACCGCUUCGAGAGUCCUGAAAAUGUCACGCUCGACUCGGAGAACAAGAACACAGCGUCGGAUGAGUACGCUUUGAUGCGUACGCCUCGAGGAUCGCCUACUGAUGACGAGACUGUGGUGUCUGUACUUCCUGCGCGUGAAAAGCACUUUGUUCCGGUCACUGUUGCAUUCAAGGAUCUGUGGUACAGCGUUCCAGACCCGGCUAACCCCAAGGAAACCAUCGACCUGCUCAAGGGUAUCAGUGGAUAUGCUCUACCUGGCACCAUCACGGCACUUAUGGGCUCGUCGGGUGCCGGUAAGACAACGCUUAUGGACGUCAUCGCCGGACGUAAGACAGGAGGCAAGAUUGCCGGUCAGAUUCUGCUGAAUGGCUACCCUGCUACUGAUCUAGCUAUCCGUCGAUCGACGGGCUACUGCGAGCAGAUGGACAUCCACUCUGAGUCGGCUACCAUUCGUGAAGCGCUGACGUUCAGUGCCUUCCUGCGUCAGGGAGCCGAUGUGCCCGACAGCUUCAAGUAUGACUCGGUGAACGAGUGUUUGGAAUUGCUGGACUUGCACCCGAUCGCCGACCAGAUCAUCCGUGGCAGCUCCGUGGAGCAGAUGAAGCGAUUGACUAUUGGCGUGGAGCUGGCAGCUCAACCGAGUGUGUUGUUCCUGGACGAGCCGACGAGUGGACUGGACGCUCGCUCUGCUAAGCUCAUCAUGGACGGCGUCCGGAAGGUGGCGAACACGGGUCGUACCGUGCUGUGCACGAUCCACCAGCCGUCGACGGAGGUGUUUAGUGUGUUCGACAGUCUCCUACUACUGAAGCGUGGUGGCGAGACGGUGUUUGCCGGUGAACUUGGCAAGAACGCGUGUGAGAUGAUUGCGUACUUUGAGUCAAUCAAUGGUGUGACGCGACUAGAGGAAAACUACAACCCUGCGACGUGGAUGUUGGAGGUGAUCGGUGCCGGCGUGGGCAACAGCAAUGGCGACAAGACGGACUUCGUCAAGGUCUUCCAAGCCAGCAAACACUAUGAUUUCUUACAGUCGAACCUGGAUCGUGACGGUGUGACUCGGCCGUCGCCGGAUUUCCCUGAGCUGACGUACAGUGACAAGCGUGCUGCAACGGAGAUGACGCAAGCCAGAUUCCUUCUCCAGCGUUUCUUCCGCAUGUACUGGCGCACGGCGUCCUAUAACCUGACUCGCUUCUUCUUGGCGUUUGUGCUUGGCCUCCUGUUCGGUGUCACCUACGUCAGCGCGGAGUACACUUCGUACGCCGGUAUCAAUUCGGGUAUGGGAAUGCUCUUCUGCACGACUGGUUUUAUGGGCUUCAUCGCGUUCACCAGUGUCAUGCCUAUCGCUUCGGAGGACCGUUUGGCCUUUUACCGCGAACGCGCUUCUCAAACAUACAACGCAUUGUGGUACUUCGUGGGUUCGACGGUGGUGGAGAUCCCAUACGUCUGCUUUAGCACUCUACUCUUCAUGGCUCCGUACUACCCGAUGGUGGGCUUCACUGGUGUCAUGCCCUUCCUGGCCUACUGGGUCCACUUAUCACUGCACGUGUUGUGGCAAGCUUACUUCGGACAGCUCAUGUCGUACCUGAUGCCAACGGUGGAGGUCGCACAAGUGUUCGGUAUUCUUCUCGCGUCCAUUUUCUUCCUGUUCAACGGCUUCAACCCACCUGGAAGCCAGAUUCCUGGUGGUUACGAGUGGCUGUACCAAGCUUCUCCCCAGAAAUACUCGUUGGCUCUGGUGGCGGCUAUUGCGUUCGGUGACUGCCCCGAUGAGGGCGGCUCGGAGAUUGGUUGCCAGGUCAUGACGGGAGUGCCCCCGACCUUGUCUUCGGACCUGACGGUCAAGGCCUAUUUGGAGGAUGUAUUCCUCAUGAAACACAGCGAGAUCUGGAAGAAUUUUGGUAUUGUGCUGGGCAUCGUCGUGUUUACACGCGUCUUGGCACUUGUGGCAUUGCGCUUCGUGAACCACCAGAAGAAGUAG